AUGAUUCGCCAUCUGUUCUCAUCUCUCACUCACCGAUUCGCCUGGCGGAUUCCGCUUUUCGUCUACGGCGUCACGUGGACGGUGUUUCUGACGAUCACCGUCGCGAUUAUCUCGCUCGCACCGGAGUUCGCCUUCGUGUCGGCGAUUUACCCUUCGUCUUCUUCGGUUGAGUUCUCGCGGCGGUGCGGAUCCGACGCAGCCGUUCUGGUGCCGCUGGAUAUUCCCACGGAGGUGUUUUGUUUACCGGCGAAUCUGUUCCGGAGGUCGAAGAUGGACCUCGUCGUUCCGCCGGUUUUUGCAGCGAUUGUGGUUGCUGUUUCCGCCGUCGUUGUACGGACGAUGGGCCUUUGGGAAGCCGAAGAAGCCCAUUAA